AUGUUUCGUAAGCAGAUCAGGGUUGAAGAUGCCAAACUUUUGGCUGUGCAAGUUAUUGACGCAGAUCAGUCAGAGGUUAUUGGCACAACUUCUGCCCAUGUUGUCAAUUUGAAGGAAAAAACAUGUACCUGCCGUCGGUUUGAUCUUGAUAAAAUCCCUUGUGUACAUGUCAUAGCCGCUGCAGAAGCAAGAAAAACUUCACGAAUCUCCCUAUGCCAUCCUUACUACCAAACAAAUUACUUGCAACAUGCUUACGCAGGAAGUGUAAUGCCAAGAGAUAUAGCACUACCAGUGCCAGAAGAAGUGGCUAACAAAAUUUGUCAUCCUCCUUUCGUUCGCCAUCCUCCAGGCAGACCAAAGAAGACACGCAUUAAGAGUGCAUUCGAGAUCGCGACAGCGAACAAACGUUCAAGACAGAUGCCUAAAUGCUCUACUUGUGGUAAAAGUGGACAUAAUCGCAUCACAUGUAAAGCAUAA